UCGCUCGCCGUUAUCGAGACAGUGUUCACUCUUGAGCAGCAAAGGUGUACGAGUAGGAAACACAUAGACGAGGAGAAGAUUCUCUGGAAGAAACUUAUUUCAAUCGGACUAUUUUUUUUCUGCACUCCCUCAUACGGAUAAAAGGACAAACACAACCUGCAAACAUGCCUGUCUCCAGAAUGAGGAUGAGGCCCUGGCUGGAGAAGAUGAUCGAGUCCAACUCCAUCCCUGGUCUGAAUUGGGUGGACAAGGAUAAGACAAUGUUCUCAAUUCCUUGGAAGCACGCAGCUCGACACGGCUGGGAGCUGGACAAGGACGCAUGUCUGUUCAAACAGUGGGCCAUCCACACAGGGAAAUACACAGAGGGCCAGACCUGUGACCCAAAGACAUGGAAAGCCAACUUCCGCUGUGCAAUGAACUCCCUGCCUGACAUCGAGGAGGUGAAAGACAGGAGCAUCAACAAAGGCCACCAAGCCGUGCGCAUCUUCAGGAUGCUGCCAGUCACACAGAAAUGUAGAGACAAACGGAGCAAAGCAAAGGGCACCAAGUUAAGGAAGAAGAACCCAAUGGUCAAGGUGGAGGAAGACACGGACUACAGUGAUACUCUGUCGCCCAUGAACGCAUCACUGCCGGAAGAGACCUUGUCCCCUCAGGAAAACACAGUCGACAGUACAAUGCCCACCGAGGAGCAAGAUUUCACAUAUGUGCCUCCUUCUGAAGUUCCUGACUGGUCGCUUUCAGUGGAGAUCGGGGGCGAGACGUAUUCGAGCUGGAGAUUUCAAGUUUCACCUAUUCACAGCCCCGAUUUCAACACGGCCGACGACAUUAUUGAGAUUUGCCAGCAAUUGGAGAACUCGUACGAGAUGUCAAGCAGUGUAAACAACAUGGGGUUCCUGAGCAAUGAACCACACACCAGUCCAGGGAGCCAGUGGAGUGAAUCUUCCUCAGCCGACGAACUAGACGAACUGCCACAGUACACAACUUUGGGCGCAGACUUCACAGAUCCCACAGACAUCUUCUGGAACGACUUUUACAACAAGAUGUCCUUCACGCCCUGAGGCUCUCGGGAGCAGGGCAGGACAAUGCUUUGACACUUUGGACUUUGAAAGCUCUUCCUGACCACUGUCCCACCUCAUCGUCUUGGUUGAAUCACCCAUCAUCAUUCUGCCAGUGUGUAACUGGCGGCGUCCACACUUUAAGCUACUGCAAGACACCGUGUGAACCACGUGUUUGACACACGUGCAACCAGUUCGGAGAGCUUUCCUCCUCUCGCUCAGGCCCCAAUGUGAAGUUAUGAAGAGAAGAUGCGACGUGCACUUCUGUAAAAAAGGACACGCUGUUCAUUAUCUAUGUUUUUGGCUGGUUCAGAGCAUUGUGGUGCUCAGUUGUCUGUCCUCUUACAGCUCAGGCAGGACAUGUACACAUUUACAAUCUUACUCAUCUAUAAAUACAUACGUAGUAGCCGAUACUUAACCUUAAAAAAUGCAAUUAGCCUCACAUUCAGUUCACUUAACAUUUGACGUUUUUCUCCGUUAGUGAGUGAAUACUAUAGUUAAAGGGAUCAUAAGGCAUUUUUUCAGUCCAUCCUCUCAAUCAAACCUCUCGACUUCUGGUAAAAUCUCUUCUUUAUAAUGUCGCAGUUUUUUUGCUUUAUAGUAAAGAAUUUAUGUAAAUACUUGUUAUUGUUUGUGUGUUUUUAUACAAUAAAAUUUCUAUUGUAAAAAUCUGAAA